AUGCAGAGACUUGAACAAGCUAUUGUGUAAUAUAAUCAAACUAUAAAGACAAAAUACUCAAACAAUUACUAUAGUCAUUCAGAUCAAAGAGCCUACAUCAGAAAGGAUAUUAGUUUAAGAGCUUCAAUGAUCCUCUCAUCUUUAGUCGCUGCUCCUCUAUGUGCCUAUCUCUUAUAUGUAUAAUCAUCAUUAUUAAAGCAUUUAUAGCACUUAUUCACUCCUUAUGGAGUCAUGCACAAUCAUAGAUCAACAGCAGGAGCUUACCUCCACUGGCCACAAAACUUCAUGACUAAGCUGAAGCCAUUCACCCAAGUUUACAGACCAGAGAUCUACAACAGAGAAACCUCCCUCUCCUUAAUUAUGUACUCAAAGAAAAUGCAAAAAAUCAGAAAGGAAGACCCAGCAUCUCUUGCUGGACAGAAUGUUCCCUAUGCUUGGCACUGA